CUUCUCUCUCCUAGUCGUUCGGUUAGUCACUGAUAACGACGACGAUAUAGUCGAUAUGCGAGCAAACCAACCACAAGAAAACAGAGCCAUGGCAGCUGAGCCGACCGUCGAGCCGCCCGUGAACUCCGCCAUUCGGUCAGCCGCAAGCGCAAGCGCGGCCAUUGCGUCCAGCGUGGACGAUCAAACGACCCAGUCGCGUCAUGCGUUCCCUUCUACCGUCGUCAACGAAGAUGACGCCCUCCAAGGAACUGAUCCUCAGGAGGGACAGACGUUUGACGACGCCAUCAAGUUUGUCGAGGCGAUGCGCCGGUAUGGCCACGAGCGCGGCUUUAACGUCAUGAAGGACGGCAAGGUCUUCAACGCGCGCCACCCGCACCCCGAGGACGUCCGCCGAAACGGGUCGAUCUGGCGCUGCAACCUCUACUGCAACUACAAGAUCAAGACGGACGCGUCCGACCCGCGACUGCGGUCCGUGUGUCCGUGGUCGGUCAAGUUUGCGUACAGCAAGAAGGCCAAAAGCUACGUCGUGGUCUCGGUCGCCAACGAGCACAACCACGUGACCGCGCCCGUGCAGGAGUUGGUAGCGCUACUCCGCGCCAAGAAACAGUGGCCCGAGUACGUCGAGCACACGUGGCAGCAGCACGUGGCUGCCACGGUUCGCACGCCACACAGCGUGACGCUGGGUAGCGACGACAAGUGGCAUGUCUCGAUCACGACCGAGCAUCGCAGUGCCCUGAGCGUUGUGACGACGACGACGACGACGCACAUUGUCACGCUACACGACGCAGCCCACGGCGGCAUCCCGACAUGCAACUGCGCCAUGUUUCAAGCGCUCUUUAUUCCGUGCUCGUGCAUUUGCUCGGUGCUCCAACACACCAAGAAAGUUGUGUUUGCGAUCGCCAACCUCCAUUCGCGCUGGCACUUGUCGUCGCAUGCGCUGUAUGAUGCCGCGCUGCAACGCAUCGAAGAUGACGCUGCCGACGUCGACAUGUUCGGCGCGCCGGUGCCCCAGAACCAGGUCCUCGUGCCGUCGCCGGUACCAGGGCUCUUCUUCAGCAAGGCCGAGUACGACGCCAUCGACGUGCCAGAAGACAAGGCACAGCGUCUCUUGCAACUGCGCGCGACUUUUGGCGAGGUCGAAGCUGCCAUCUACGCGGACGAGAACCUCUGCCGCCUCUUCCAGCAAACCAUGGCGAGCUUCGCCAUGGCGAUCCAAGAACAGAGACGUGACGACGACGCAACCGACUCGACGACGCCAAGCACGACGACGGCGACUGAUCGCAUGUAGACCGGCAUCGCCAAAACCACCAGCGACCAAGCGCCACAAGACCAGCAGCUUUCGCGUCUAAGAGCAUAUAUGACGAUCCUGGUCCUUCAGGUCUGAUAUGCUUGUAAGUGAUGGAGCGAAAACGCAGCGGCGACAGGAACGGUGCCAGUGGCUACGAGCUCGGGACUACGUAAGCUUAGUAUGCAGAAAUGGCACUGUAGCACAUUCGGCUCCGACGACUACAAUCACGUGUCGCCAAGCCCACGUUAUGCCAUCCACCUCGCCGAGCAAGGGCAUGCGUACGAUCAAUGCAGUGUAAUUUGGAC